CUUUAGAAGUACCUCCACCAAGCGGCACGAUCCCCCAAUAGUUGUUCAGUCGGCAACAAUACGCAGCUGUGUGAGCGUCGAAAACUCCGAGCGUUGCAUUUCGCAAUGACUGGAACAAUAAUGCACCUACUCAUUCAUCUCAUCUGAUUCAGAAGUUUUUGACUAAACACGGCAUUGUUCAACUUCGUCAACCUCCGUACAAUCCAGAUAUAGCCCCGCGUGACUUGGUUAUUUCCUAAGUUAAAACAUCUUCUAAAGGGUAAAAGAUUUGACGAUGUUAAGGAAAUAAAGCAAAAUGCGACGAGGGGGCUGUUGGCUAUCACAAUAAACGACUUCCGAUUGCUUUCGCAAGUGGGUGCACCGUUGGUAGAAGCUCAUUACUUCGAAAGGAAACUACUUUGAAGGCGACGUUGUUCAUAUCACUCCGGAAUAGCUCUUUCUCAUGAUACAGACAAAGGUCGGAUACUUCUGGAACAGACCUCGUACUCUUUAAGAGUUAGUGUCAAUCUAUCUAACAUAUCUGCGCAUUUCAAACGAUUUGUGUGCAAAUAUAAAGAUGAUCAUGUUCAAAUCAAUGCAGCGUGAGGUAUCGUGGGAUCGCUGUCGCUUCAUCGUGACUAUUAUUGCUCGUUCCUUUCGUGAUAACAGUGAAAUCGCAUUGACGAUUCCGAGGAAUAUUUGUAUUCGAAAUUUUUCGUCGCAAUCACACGAGAUAAUGAAGGCGAGGAAAUAUGUGGUGGUAAAUCAUUUCGUUAAUGAAGCGAAGCCGACAGAUCUAAAAUUGGUGGAAGAAGAGCUGCCGCCGUUGCAGGAUGGAGAAUACCUCGCGGAAGCUGAAUACUUUUCUGUGGACCCAUACAUGAGACCGUACGUGAGAAGAUAUCCGCUCGGGAUCACGAUGCUCGGUACUCAAAUCGCCAAGAUCGUAGAAUCUAAAAAUCCAGCUUUCCCAGUUAACAAGAGGAUCGUCGGAAACAUGGGAUGGAGAACUCACACGAUUGUCAAUCCAAAAUUCAAAGAUUUAGUGUUCCAAGAACACCCGUACCUUUUGCCAGACAUAGGUGAUUUGCCGUCGUCCCUUUGUCUUGGCAUUCUAGGAAUGCCGGGUAACACAGCAUAUUUCGGCUUGCUGGAGUUAUGCAAACCGAAGUCUGGCGAAACAAUCGUUGUCAGCGGAGCCGCUGGUGCGAUCGGCUCUCACGUAGGUCAGAUUGCCAAGAAUCUAGGCCUAAAUGUCAUCGGUAUAUGCGGUUCCGACGAGAAGUGCAACUGGCUUAUUGAGGAAAUGGGUUUCGAUUUCGCCAUCAAUUACAAGACUAUGCCAGUUGCGUCCAAUCUACGCAAAGCUGCUCCACAAGGCGUGGAUUGCUAUUUCGAUAAUGUUGGCGGCGAUAUCUCUAGCGCAGUCAUGUACCAGAUGAAGCCGUUUGGCCGAGUAGCCGUGUGCGGUAGCAUCUCGAGCUACGACGCGGACAGCUCGUCUUUGCCAAAGUGUACAAUUCUGCAACCCAUUUUAUCGAAACAUGAAUUGAGAGUAGAGGGUUUCCUCGUUACACGCUGGAUGAAUCGAUGGAAUGAAGGCAUUAUGCAGAAUCUGCAAUGGCUACGCGAGGGCAAACUUCGUUACCGUGAAACCGAGACCAAAGGCUUCGAGAACAUGUUUGAGGCGUUUAUCGGCAUGCUGCGCGGCGAGAACAUCGGUAAAGCGAUCGUCCAGGCGUAGACAUUAUACAUCUAUCGGCGCGAACUGAACCUAUACAUAUUUCUCAUAAUAUUAAUGCCUUCUCUGAAUUCUAUAACUACAUAUUAUGUAUAAUGUUUUCUUAUAUUUCUGAAAUAUUGAGAAAGAAUCGAAUUUUGUACUUAAUUU